AUGAUGAAAUUUGUGGUGCUUGUCACCCUCGGGCUAACUUUGCUGCUAGGAGUCCAAGCCAUGCCUUCAAGUCGCCUUUCUUGCUACAGAAAGAUGCUAAAAGAUCGUAACUGUCACAACCUUCCAGAAGGCAGAGCAGACCUGACACCGAUUGACACAAACAUCCAGCAUCAUUUCUGGGAUGGGAAAGGAUGUGAGAUGAUCUGUUACUGCAAUUUCAGCGAAUUGCUCUGUUGCCCAAAAGAUGUCUUCUUUGGACCAAAGAUCUCCUUUGUGAUCCCCUGCAACAGUCACUGA